AAUUAUUUAUAUUAAAUUGUCAAACUCCAAUUACUACUAAAAAAAUUCUUUUAUCAUUAAUAAAAAAUAAUUAAAUUAAAAAAGUUGUAAAAAUGUCAAAAUUCUGUGGUGUAAUUUCGAAACGCACAAAUUCCGAACAACUGGAGCCACUGCGCUUCAGUCAUUUGGAAAUGCUAACUAAGUGGUUGGCGAGUGAAACUGAAUCGCUGCAAUCCGAUUUCGCAACGAAAAGCGAGGCUGUCCACGAUUUACAAAAACAAGUCAUACAAAAUGAGCAGAAACUUAUCGAGAUCAACGGUAUAAUGGAGGUGCUCAAAGAAAAAGUGAUCGCCACCGAACAUGAAGUGGCAGUGAAUGAAGCGAACAUAAAUUUGCUUGAGCGCAAUAUCAAAGCGCUCGAAGACUAUGCGAAUCGACCAUUGACUGCAGCCGGCAUAACAUGCGGUUGUCCAAUUGUACGCGAGCAGCAGGAACAACGACGUAUGCUGCAAAUGUUGCAGAAUACUGAUCACUCCAUGGCACAACUGCAACUAAUUAUGAAUGAGUUUCAAGAAUUACAACCAUAUGCGCAGCGUAUGAGUAGUCCGUUUAACACAAUUAGCAAAAUAUUGGAUUGUCAUGUGAGUACUUUGAAGCAAACCGAAAACAAUCUGGAUAGCUUAGUUGAAAAGAUGUAUGCGGUCGAUGGCAUGUUACAGCUGGCGUUGCUACAUCUCGCUGCUUCGCGUCAAUCUAGAUCACACUCUGCGCCGCCCACUUUAUGCAAACCGAUUGGUGAUGGUCCAGCAAACAUGCGGUCUUGAAUUCAGAAGAUUAUUUCAAAUCUAUUAUAUAAAGAUAUUCUAUGGUGAUAUGCAAAUAUGCAGACCAGUGUUAAAUCCGCCAGUUUCGAUUUUAAACAAAUUUCCAGUAUGACAGCCACACAUAAAAAGUAAAUAAAUUUCGAACCGAUUACAGAUGGAAAAUUGAUUAAGUAAAAAAAAAAAAACACUCACAAAUUUAUUAAGUAAUAAAAAGCUGGUGAAUUGAUGAUUUCUCUUAA